UGCUCAUAUCAUAUAGUAUCCACGAUGGGGAUCGAGGGAACAGAUGAGGAGACUGGAAUUUCGCACGUGCACGAGGUUUGAAUUAUAGCAUGCGAUGGUCGGGAUUUUCACCGCCUGGGGGGAGCUUGCAUCAUGAUGGAAACAGAUCAUCACAUCGAGACAGCUCUGCGAAUCAUGGAGAUAUCAGACAUAUCGUCGAGGGGCCAGGUCGGCCGCAUAGAACAAGGUUCCGAGUUGACAUAUAGUAUAAUUGGCAGUGGACGAGAUUUUUCCUCGACUCUUGGGAGAGAGACUAACGGACCCCUAUCUCAUGAUGGCUGCAAGCUAAGCAUUAAUGGAGCGGCCGAGGUACAGCCGUGGAAGACGCCUCGAAGACGCCUCCAUGAUAUUGGGUGGGUUUGGUCUGGUUGUUACGUUAUUUCGGGGGACAGCGCUGAGUUGACACCGGCAGUUUGCACUUUGCACUUUGCGCUUUGCGCUUCUACAAAACAUAUAUCCGCUGCCCAUGUGUUCAUAUGCAGGAGAGAUGCGGUAGCACGGCAUAGCAACAUGACUACGAACAGUGCAGGACAAGAAUCCUGGGGUCACUAGCUGCAGACUGUCGAGUCUUCUAGCGGCAGGUUGCCUCAAGUCUAUUGCAUCUCUGUUGGUUGAGCCGAGUGCUUAGCGACUGGCUGGCGGCGUGGAUUCAGGGGCUCAGCGCACAUGCGUUAAUAUCCUUCAAUCUCCACCUCGAGUUCUGGGAGAAGAGAACCGAGAC